CCCCCACUCUUCCCGAGUCGGUCAGUAUAGUGAGCUGAGCUCCCCCCACCCCCCCCCCCCCACCCCACCCACUGUGGCGGCGAAGAUGCGGGGACGACAGAUCCCUCCUCCCACCGCCGCCGCCUCCUCCCGCGUCGUCGUCGCGGCGGUGGCCGCGCUGCUGCUCGCCGCGGCGCUCCAGCCGCUGCCGGUCGCGUCCGGGGUGGACGUGGCGGCGGUGCUCGCGGCGUUCCCGGACCUCGCCGGCUUCGCGCGGCUGCUCGCGUCCAGCCCGGUGGCCAGGGAGCUCGCGGGGCGGUCGUCGCUGACGCUGCUGGCCGUGCCGAACGGGAACCUCCCCCAGUCGCCGUCGGCGUACGCCGCGGCGUCCGGGGCCGACCUCGCCGACGUGCUCCGCUACCACGUCCUGCUCGAGUACCUCGCCCCCGCCGACCUCCGCCGCCUGCCGGCAUCCGGGAAGCUGGUCACCACGCUGUUCCAGACCACCGGCCGCGCCCCCGCCGACCUCGGCGCCGUCAACGUCACCGCCGCGGGGCCGUCCCUCGCCGUCGUCCGCUCGCCGGCGCCGUUCCCGGGGUCGAACGCCACCGUGCUCGGCGCCAUCACCGCCGUGCCGUACAACCUGAGCGUGCUCGCCGUGGACGGCCUCAUCGUGCCGUCCGGGUUCGACCUCGCGGCGUCGGAGUCGCGGCCCCCCGCCGCCGUCAACAUCACCAAGGUCCUCGCCGACGCGCGGGCCUUCAACGUGGCGGCGUCCAUGCUGGAGGCCUCCGGCGUGGCGGACGAGUUCGAGGCCGACGAGCGCGGCGCCGGCAUCACGGUGUUCGCCCCCACCGACGACGCCUUCGCCGGCCUCCCUGCCGGCGACCGCCUCCAGUCCCUCCCCGCCGAGCGAAAGGCCGUCGUACUCCGCUUCCACGUCCUCCACUCCUACUACCCGCUCGGCUCCCUCGAGUCCAUCGUCAACCCCGUCCAGCCCACGCUCGCCACCGAGUUCACCCAGGCCGGGCGCUUCACCCUCAACAUCACACGCGCCAACGGCUCCGUCGCCAUCGACACCGGCGUCGUGCAGGCGACCAUCACACGCACGGUGUUCGACCAGAACCCCGUCGCCGUGUUCGCCGUCUCCAAGGUGCUCCUCCCGAAGGAAAUGUUCAGCCGCAGCGACUCCGCCAUCGUCGCCGUCGCGUCGGCGCCCCCGCCGGCCGCGCUGCCGGCGGAAUCACCCGAGAGCGCGCCGACAAAGCUAUCGUCGCCGCCGGCGCUGCGCGACACCGCCGGCAACGCGAACCACACGGCGGCGGCUGCGGCGGUGGCGGCAGCGGCGGCGACGACGAAACCGACAAUUGGCCGGUGGUGUAUAGCAUUGUUGUAUCUACUACUACUACCACUACUGCUACCUCUGGUAUGAGAUCCGGUUCGUUUGCUUGUCCAUUACCAUCCUUGUUGAGCUCGAAUUUUUGCUUUUCUUUUUUCUUUUCUUUUUUUUUGUUAUAACCUGUACACUGGGGAAGGGGAGAAGUUUGAGAAGAGGUGAAUUCAGAUUGAGCUGCAAAGCAGCAUUAUUAUUAUUAUUUUCGCUUUCUUUUUUUCUUUUUGUUCUUACCAGCUGCUUCAUGUUGGCAAAAGGGAAAUAAUAGUACUAGUAAUGUACCAUCCUGUAAAGAUCCAAUCGAUUCCAUGUUCAUGUUGUGCCUGA